CUCGCCUCCGAGAAAGUCUCCGCCCGGUGCUCGCCGCUGCUGGGCUACACCGUGAGCAGGUCCGAGUCUGGAAAAUAUAUAUAUCUCUCUUGGCUGCCGUCACAAUGGAUCCUUUUUCUUUCUUUGAAUACAGCAUACCUUGCAUACUCAGCAUAUACUGAGCAUAUACUGCUUCUGCACACAUCCACAAGCAGAUCAAGCUUCACAAAACCCACACAAUGGCAGAUCAAGACGAUAAAACCUCGUCUGGCUCCUCCACCUACGCUGGAUACCACCACUCGCAGACCAAAGGCACCGAGGAUUCACAUCCUGUUAUUGCGCACGACUUUGCAGCAGCGCAGACAGAGAAGAAGCCAGACACCACAUUCCCCUUCGACACCGAAGAUGUCAACCGCGCAGAGUUCCCUCAGGAAUACCAGACCGAGACCGCCACUGGGCUCGUGCCGGCUGCCACUCUAGAGAACACUAUCUCGAACAACCGCAUUUACCGCACCGAGACCAUCCAGACCAUCGGCAGCGCAUUGUCUCGUGCUCCCACCACCGACAUCAAUUUUCCUUUCGCUACCGAACUGGCUGAUCGUGCCGAGUUCCCUGACGAAUACAACACCGAGACUGCUACCGGAUUGGUCCCGCAGACCACUCUUCAAUCAUACAGAGGCCGUCGUGCGUCCCCGAUCCUUGAAGCCAACGAGAAGGGCGACGAGGGUAUUGAGUACGUCACUUUCCUGAUAGGCGAUAAAGAAAAUCCAAAGAACUGGUCAAAUUUCCACAAAUGGGUUGCCACACUUGACAUCUCCAUUCUCGUCAUUGCCAUUGCCUUUGGUUCCUCGUGCGUGACCGGAGGCCUUGGCCUGAUUGAAGACAAAUACAACGUUUCCCAAGAAGUCGCCAUUCUCACUUGCUCAAUCAUGGUCGUCGGCUUUGCCGUCGGUCCCCUGCUCUGGUCUCCGCUCUCUGAGCAGAUCGGCCGCCGUCCAGUUUACCUGAUCUCCCUACUUCUCUACACCCUCCUGAACAUCCCCUGCGCGCUCUCGCCCAACAUCGGCGGUCUUCUCGCCGCUCGCUUCCUCUGCGGUGUUUUCUCCAGCUCCGGACUUGUGCUCGCUGGUGGAACGAUCGCCGAUAUCUGGCCGAUGGAGCAUCGCGGUAACGCGAUUGCAUAUUUCGCGGCUGCUCCGUACUGCGGUCCCGUGUUUGGACCGUUGGUGUGUGGAUGGAUCAAUAUCGGCUCUGGCAGACUUGACUUGAUUUUCUGGGUGAACAUGGCGUUCGCUGGCGUGACGAUGCUCAUGGCUCUUGCUAUCCCUGAGACAUACGCACCUGCGAUCCUGAAGGCGCGGGCAAAGAAGUUGAGAAAGGAGACUGGAAAUCCAAACAUCAUGACAGAGCAGGAGAGACUCAAGGCCCCGUUUUCGGAGACCGUUAGGACUGUGUUGAUCAAGCCUGUCAAUCUCAUCCUGACCGAGCCUAUCUUGGACCUGAUGAACUUGUACGUCGUCUUGAUUUACUCGCUUCUCUACGCUUUCUUCUUUGCGUACCCCGUCAUCUUCCAGGAACUGCAUAAUUACAACGACGGCAUCAUCGGACUGAUGUUCAUCCCCAUCCUGAUCGGCGCGAUGUUUGCGCUCGUCACAACCCCCGUGCUCGAAAAGGUCUACACAAAGACCAUUGCAAAGCGCCCGCCGACCCCAGAAGACCGCCUCGUGGGCGCCAUGAUCGGCGCUCCCUUCGUCCCCAUCGCGCUCUUCAUCCUCGGCGCAACCUCCUACAAGCACAUCAUCUGGGUCGGCCCUUCCUCCGCCGGUCUCGCGUUUGGCUACGGCAUGGUGCUCAUCUACUUCUCGGUCAACAACUACAUCAUCGACUCGUACGAGUCCUGCGCUGCCUCCGCGCUCGCGGCAAAAGUAUUCACGCGCUCCGCGGGCGGAGCCGCGUUCCCGCUCUUCACCACGCAGAUGUACCACCGCCUCGGACUGCAGUGGGCCAGUUGGCUGCUGGCGUUCAUCAGUCUUGCGAUGGUCCUCAUCCCGUUCUGUUUCUACAAGUAUGGCGCGUUUUUGCGGGCCAAGUUCAGUCACAGCGGCGACGACGCUGACGACGCAAAGACUGAGACGGCGUCGAGUUAGAUGCCUACUUUUUUUUUAAUUUAAUGCUGGUUAUGGAGUCAUUAUAUGAAGACUUAUGAUUUGAGGUGUUGUACUUGUGCUUACAAUAGAUAAUAGAUAGGGUCUGGGUAGUAAUAUAGCAUAUGAAUAUAUAUAUUUGAAACUUC